UGUAUUCGAAACCUAUCCACUUGCAAUCGCUGUACCGUCGAACAUCGUUGUACCAUAUGUGGUAUAAUCCAUUCUUAUUAUUCGUCUGUCUUACUUGAAAGUCGAGACACAAAUAAAAAAAACCGAAAUGAAUCCCUUUGUUUUUAUCACACUAGUGACAUUGUCGGUGGUUCUAUCGAACCCGGUCUACUACUACAAGACGUAUUCGCCGAUUACGCUGUGCAUGAAGAGCGACUACUCGAGGUGCAACAACGUGUCGUAUCCCACCGGCUGCGUCAACAUGGACACGGUGGUUAUGAACAGCACCGGAAAUCCAUCCGGUUCUGUGACGACCGCAUUCAAGACCAUCGAGUCAGUGAUAGUGAUCGACAUCGACAGCACUGAAGAUAAGUGCAUCGUGUUGUUCGACACUUACAACUGCCAGGGCCAGAGCCUGGUUCUCAACGGUUCCAAGCACCCCGCAGCCAAUCUCUACGAUUUCAAGUUCUCUAACAUGGCAGAGUCUUACAGACAGUGCACCGGUAAGUCGCUCUCAUGGCUCCGGGACAACAAAUAGGUAAACGGUAUAACGGCAACGGCAACUCCAACAAACGGCCGUUCACGUACUUUUGUCAUGCCUAUGAUUAGAGGUAUAAUAAUAAAUAUUAUAGAUACACGUUUUAGUUUAACUAAAUGUGUAACGAUACUUGUCUUCAGAUGUAUUAAAAAUUAAUAAUAUUUAUUAUAAACAAUUUCAUAUUUUAUGUAAUUACAUAAAUUAUAAAUUGUCACAAAGAGUAUUAUAAUAUAAAAAAG